AUGGCUUUUGUUCCUCUGACUGUCGCUGCUGUGGGGAUCAUCAGGAGUGCAGUCCGCAGAGGAAAGAGGAGUGGUAAGUCCACGCCCAAGACUAGCCCCACUGAGGAGAAGGACACGCAGGGAGACGGGAAGGCUGACGGGAAGGGAGGCGGCAACACCACGUCCCCGAAUAGCCCUGCUCCGUGCUCGGAUGGGGACGUCUGUGUCGGCAGUGAGGGCCACAUGACCGUAACAGUUGCCAUGCCGCGUGAUGAAACUUCCAAGUCCACGCCCCAAGCAAACGGCGUCAUACAUACGAGUGAUGACGACCACACCAGCGGCGAGAUCAACCCCAUCCUGUAUCUGAACGGACACGCACCCCACGUGCAGGCCAACGGCCACACGCAGAGAAACGGCUACGCACAGGCGGACGGGCACGCGCAUUUGCAUGCAGAGGGAGACGCUAAUUCCGAUACACAGCCAAGCAAAAGCAAGCGAAGCAGGCGAUCGGGCAGAAAGAAACAUACAAACAAAGAUGCCGAUGGCCCGACCGAGCAGGAUAAAACCAAACACAGUCAGAGAAGACCUCAUCACGACCAUGAGCACGAAAACAAAGUUAGGCGGGGACCCCCACCACCACCGUCCCACGAAACGCAUGUCAAUGCUGCAGAGCACAAUGCGACGGGGCACUCGCCACACUCGACUAGGAAAGGGGACAAGCGCAACUUCGUGGCAAAGUGGAUAGAGGAUGUAAACUACAACAAGCACGAUGGCCCCCCUCCGCCUAGGUUUGUUAGGUCGGACAGCCCGAAGCACAAGGUGAAAAUGUCGGCCAGCCCGGAACCAAUACGUAGGCCUCAGACCUUAAAGGUGCGCAAAUCCGACUCCUCUCUUUCCUCUAGUGGACAAAGUGGCCUCAAAACUAUCAGGCCCAAAGAAAAGCCCAACCCGUUCGCUAGGUAAGCGCUUAAGUGAGACAAAGGAUGGGGAGCUGGGAAGAGGGCGCGACCCAUGGACAAGAGACCGACUGUGGAUCACAGUUAUUUCUGAAUGACAGGUGUCUGUCAUCACAAGGGACAUGGAGGGAAAUGGUAAGGCUCACGGUCAGUCCUGAACAAACUCGACAGGUGAUCACUGGACUUGAAAUCUGAAUUCAUUGCUUGGUUUCUAUGAUUAUGAAUUAUGAACUGAUGGUUAUGGUACUUCAGGAGGAACCGUACAUACGGUACUACAACAUGCCCGGAACUGUCCGGUUUAAUGUGGGGAGGGUAUUGUGAAGUGUGGCACGUCUGUGGCCACCGCUGACGUGUUCUACUGCUCUGUCCUUCGCUUCCGUGUGAACAGUGGUAGAACAGUGUCUAUCGCACGUACGGCACCCAGCUAUCAUCUGUGUGCGGCAGUAUGGCACUGUCACUGCUAUACUAUUGACAGAAGCCAAUAUUGAUACAUGAGAAUGAAUAAGAAUAGAUCACAUAAGUAGUUUCGGCUGUUUUUGAUACCCAAGAUGGCUACGGUAAGUGCUGAACACACACUGUGUUUUCGUGUCAAAACUGAGAAAUUGCGAGACUUUGUGGCGAACGCGAGACUCGAAUAGCACGACAAGCAUUGGCGGACAAUGCUUUAAAACUGAUAAUGUCUGUCACAGACGGAAAGCAACCUGGGAGAAACGUGUAUCUUCUGUGGUAGGUCGGUGUACUAUACAGCGGUGCAUGACCUAACGGUAAAUCGUUCCAGAUCGACAAUAAGAUUAACAGGCUCAAUUCUGUAUAUCAGCAAAGCUUCACGAAGGUGACCAUGUAUCUGCUUGGCAUGCAUAGUAAAACUUAUGCUCUAGACUCCAGAUCAGAUGAGCCUGUGGACAUGUGCACCGGCCGUUACGUUGUAAGUCCGUGCCCUGGCCGUCCUUCUUGGUUGCUUGCCUUCAUUUCAGGCCACACCAAGUAAUUUUUA